AUGAGCAACAAAACUCCUAAACUUGUUGUUGUUCCUAUUUCUGAAGUCGAAAAACUCAAGAAGGUUAUAAAAGUGUUAAAAAAGGAGAAUGAUGAUCUCUCAUCUAAUAUUGGUAAGCUCACACUAGAGAAGGAAAACUUGAAGCUUAACCUUAAUCAGAAGAGGGAACGAGUGCUCAAAGCAGUUGAAGAAUUUCAAGCAGAGCAAAACAAGAAAAGGAAAAUGGGUGAAGCUCUGAAAGGAACCUAUGAUAGCCUCUCUACCAAGAAGAAACAACUCGAUGAAGCUCAAUAUCAAGCUAGUAAUAUGGAGAUCAAUUCCAAAGACCAGCUCAGAAAACUUCAAGACCAGUUGGAAAAUUGCAAGAAAGAGUUGAAGGAAGAACAAGGUCGUGCUAAGCAGCUGGAAGUUUCUCUCUCAGUACCAAAGUAA